AUGGCGCCAAGAAAGACCGCAACACCGUCUUCCUCACGCUCUCCGAUCCCAAUCGGUAAUUGCGAGGUCACAGUGGAAGCAGCUAAUUUCAGUUGCCAGUCGGACCCCAACACCCUCCAAAUCUCCGUUUCCAGGAGGGCCAAAAUCAGCAUCUCAGUGAGGAAAGAGAUGGAGAGAAAUAAUGAUAGUAUUGCGUCAUAUGAAACAUUUCUAGUUGGUAAUCCUUCGUUCGUGGUUGUUAAUCCCAAAGAUGCCGAUAGCUGUCAAAAUUCUUAUCUCCAGGAAGUACUAAAGAUGUAUAUUAGGGAACUUCCUGCAAUGAAUUUUGCUGCCAAUACUGGAAAGCAAUCAAUGUUUCUAGAAAGAUGCGUUACGAAUGGGAAAUAUUGCACUUUGCUUUUGAAAUCGCAAUCUGUGGGAGAUUCUGAAGAGGGAUUUGGUAGCUGCUUGUUCAUGGAGCUGAGAAAGAGACUUCAGAGUGUUGGUAUAUGUACAAUAUUCUGUUGGGGAGACAAGGAUUCUGAAGGAUUUUGGCUUAAACAGGGGUUUGUAUCAAUAGCAGAGGUGGAUACCAAGGGUAAAUGCCGCAGGAUACCUAUUAAAGCUGACAUUCGUCGAGCUUUAUGCUUUCCUGGUGGUUCAACCCUCAUGGUUUUACAUCUUAACCAGGAUGUUUCCACAAAUACUUCAGAAUCUUUGAAGUUGGGCAUUUUAUUGAAGCCUAAUGGAAAGUCAUCUACUGCUUUGGAAAACCAACUGCCGGGAUUUUCUAAAGGGAAUUACACUACUCUGAAUACAGAAAAUCAAAUGUCUUUAAGAAGUGAAAAUUGUCAGCCUGAAAAUUUGGUAAAUGGACUUCAAAAAGAAGAUAAAGGUUCUCAGUGUCGGGAAACAAUGCAGUGUAUCAGGGAUCCAGUUCCUCUCAUCAAAGAGGACUCCAGCAAGUUCGUCAGUGCUGCAGAGGUAUUCACUAGUGGCGUUGAUGCUGAUGUAAGGCACUGUUCUUGUUCCAAACAAGUUUCAUGUGCAAAGAGAAAGGUCUGGGAAGCUUCAAUGUCAUCAUUGAAGUCAAAGAAAGUAAAGGGAAGCCAUCAAGUUGGCUGCCAAUCUGAGUCUAACUUCAGUUUAGUUUCAGAAACUGAUGGAAGUGAUUCUUGUCUACGAGGGUGCUCCUUUGUUUCUUACAAAGACAAACCUUUAGUUGCAGAUCCUCCUAGAGAUCUUUUGGGUAGUAGUUACAAGGAAAAAAAUGCUGAAGAAUGUGGACCUGUUAAUAUUACAUCAGAAACUUUAGUCAGGAAGGAAUUUCAGACACAGAGAGAAUUCUUUAAAAUCAUGUUGAUGAAUAUUGCUGAUGAUACCAAGAAAGCAAAUCUCACAAAGGUAAUUGUGGACCUUGGUGGUGCUAUUACGUCUGAUGGAAGCACAAGCACACAUGUUGUCACGGGGAAAGUGAGAACAACUUUGAACUUUUGUACUGCUCUUUGUUCAGGAGCUUGGAUAGUUUCUCCCAGCUGGUUGAAAGAAAGCUUUCGUCAAGGAAGAUAUGUGGAUGAAUCAUCUUACAUAUUAGAUGAUAAAGAAUACGUGCUCAAAUAUAAAACUGAGUUAAGAGGUGCAGUUCUCAGAGCAAAAGCAAGUCCCCAAGGCUUGCUUAAAGGCUACGAUGUAUACAUAGCGGCUCAUGUUCAACCCACUGCUAGGAUGUUAUCUUGCAUUGUCAGGUCUGCUGGAGGAAAUAUUAUUAGUGAAUUGGAGAAAGUAAAUGAAGCUUCAAAAACAAUCUUUGUGGCAUGCGAAGAAGACAUGGAAGAAGUAUUGUUGGCUGUAAAUAAGGGGAUAUGGACAUUUAGUAGUGAUUGGCUUAUGAACUGUGUCAUGGGACAAGAGCUUGACUUGGAGGCUCCCCAGUUUGCAGAGUCCCUUUGAUGAACUCAUAUGCAUGGUGUGGAUGAUCUCUAGUGAAUGUAAAUAUCUCAUAACAGUAAAUUAAAAUAUAUGCUAGAACU